ACGGCGCCGCAAUGACACUGACAGUAACUUGAAUAUCGUUUCACACGAUUCUUGAACUGGUAGCAAUUCGCACACCGAACAUUUUUCAUUCUGUGAUACAUUUUCCCCACACAAAGUGAAACGCUAUUCAAAUCUCACAAAUGCAUCCAACGCAAACGGUGCGAUAUGAAAAACUCGACUUUUUGGGCGAAGGUCAGUUUGCCACCGUAUACAAAGCGCGGGACAAAGAGACCGAUGCAAUUGUCGCUGUGAAAAAGAUAAAAAUUGGUUCGCGCGAAGAAGCCAGAGAUGGUAUCAAUCGAACAGCGUUACGUGAAAUUAAAUUGUUGCACGAAUUGCAACAUGAAAAUGUGAUUGGAUUGCUGGAUGUAUUUGGGCACAAAUCGAAUGUGUCACUGGUGUUUGAUUUCAUGGAUACAGAUCUCGAGGUGAUCAUUAAAGACCCAAAAAUACCCGUUCUCACACCGGCCAUGAUUAAGUCAUACAUGAUUAUGACACUCAAAGGUCUCGAAUACUUGCACAUGAACUGGAUCCUGCAUCGAGAUUUGAAGCCCAACAAUUUACUGGUUAAUUCGAAUGGCAUUCUGAAGAUUGGUGAUUUUGGUUUGGCCAAAUUUUUCGGCUCUCCCAAUCGCAUUUACACACAUCAAGUCGUCACCAGGUGGUAUCGAUCACCUGAGCUGCUGUUCGGUGCACGACAAUAUAGCACUGGUGUUGACAUUUGGGCUGUUGGUUGUAUUUUGGCUGAAUUGCUGUUACGAGUCCCAUUCCUGCCCGGCGACAGUGAUAUCGAUCAGCUCACAAGAAUAUUCCAAAUGUUCGGAACGCCAACCAACGAAACAUGGCCAAAUAUAUCUCUACUGCCGGAUUACAUUCAAUUCAAAACGUUUCCUGCAAUUCCAUUGAAAGAAGUUUUCACAGCGGCCAGUAAUGAUCUGCUGAUGUUAGCCGAAAAAUUAAUGGCACUGUAUCCGCACAAUCGAUGCACGGCCAGCGAAGCCCUUCGAAUGGAAUAUUUCGCAAACAAACCGGCGCCGAUGGAAGGCCACAGACUGCCAAUGCCAGUUUCCAAUGGUAGCAAUAACAACGAUGACGAAGAGCACAAGCCGAGCAUUAACUUAAAACGCAAAAUUGAAGCGAUUGCCGAAGGUGUUUCCGUUCCCAAAAAGCGGUUGCAAUUCUGAAAUAAAUUAGCUCUAGUACAUUCAUCAUUCGUCAUUUUUCUGUUUCUUUCAUUUGAAAGUAAAAUUGUGUAUUUGAGAAAAAAAAACAAAAUUCUUUCCCAGUUUCUGAAACGAAUUGUAAAAAUUAAGCAUUCAUUCAUAGGUUAGAAAUUCUUGAAAUGUUAAAAAUAAAUCUUUUUUUUGCAAUGAUUAAAAUUUACUGAUUUUCAAAACA